AUGUCUCAUCAAAGUCGAUUCACAGAACACAAUGAAAUAAUACCAAUUGCAAUUAAUAGUACUCAUAUUCUAGAAGAUUGGUUAGAUUUACCUCCUCCAUCAACACUAAAAAUUCAAGUAUCUCCUCCGUUUCUAAAUCCACAUACAGUUGUUGUUCUUAAUCCAAUACAAUUUUUGAAUUUACCUCCUCCACCAUGGUAUUAA